AUGGCAAGUGCUGCGGGUGUCCCGGAGCGUUUCCCUCCUAUCGAGGAUACAGGUGCUAGAGAAACUGAACCUCUGCUUGGUCGCCCUGGCGAUGCUGCCCAAGAAGAUGGCGUUCCUAUGAUCAGGAACCUCGUUCUCGGAACUGGCAUAGUCGCCCAGCUGGGUGUUGUACUACUCACCAUUCUGAUCUGGGCAAACGUCCUCUCUAAGCCGUUGAUCCUCUUCUCAGCGCAUCCGCUACUUCAAUCUCUUGCUGUCCUCACCUUGGCCCAGUCUGUCCUAAGCCUACAGCCUACUCAUACUGCCGAGCAGAAGCGUGUCGGCCAGCGCGUCCACGCCAUCCUCAACCUCGUGGCUUUCUUGAUUCUUGUGGCUGGCGUGACUAUCAUCGAGUACAAUAAGAUCAAAAGCAACGGUGCUCAUUUCCACUCUGUUCACGGUUAUCUCGGUGUCAUCACUUCCAUCGUCCUUCUUCUCCAGUAUGGUGUUGGCUUCACCAUGUGGGCUACCCCUAGCCUGUACGGAGGUGUUGACAAUGCCAAGGCUGUCUGGAAGUACCACCGCUGGAGCGGAUACACCGUCUUUGUCCUCCUCCUGGCUACUGUCACCAGUGCUGUUGAGACUCCCUACAACAAGAACGUGUUGAAGUUGAAGCUGUGGGCUGUUCUCUUGCUGUCCAUCGUUACGCUGGUGGGCAUUGUUCCUCGAAUCCAGAAGCAGAAGCUCGGCUUCCGAGGGCCAAGCUCAACUUAA